AUGGCAGGGCAGCUGUCACCAAGCAACUCGUUGCACCGCACCCACUCCGACACGGCAAGCACUCAUUUCCCUCUUAACGACAUCGACUACGAAUCCAACCCCAAUGCUGUGGCUCAGGAGCUCAGCAACCUAGCUGCUAUACGGCGGAUGUCUAUGGACGUAAACGCUUCUGGCGAUCCGGAUCUGCCAUCCUUUCCCUCAAACUUCGGUAUGCCUACCGCCCCGCCAAUGGAUACUGAUCCAGAUGAUGCAUCUAGACUGUACUGGGUUCCUGCAAGUGUGCAUCCAGAACUGGCGCCAAUGGAAUUCAAAACAUUCCUGGAUAAGAAGGUCAAAUCUCUGAAGAGGAGGUCGGAGGAGAGCUCGCUUUCGCCAGAUGGCUUAAAACCGGGAGGCUCAAGCGCCAGUCUUAGGAGGCGCAAAUCUAUGCUGUCGAGGCAGAUUGACAAUUCAGGGGGGCGAGGCGCGGAUGGAUAUCAAGAUGGUGCUGAGGUGUUAGAUCGGAAGAGAUCGCAGUCAGGGGACAAAGUAUUGAGUACAGGCAUCACAAAUCUACAAGACCUAGAGGCUCUCGUCAACGAACCCGAGAAGAUCAUGCAGAGGCUGAGCUUGGAGACUGGAGCUGAGGGUGGGGAAGUACUUCCAGGAGACGAUGUACCAAUCCUACCAGGCGCUCCAUCUGGGGGUAACUCGUUGAGGCGAUCGACCCGCACUACGUACCGACGAGGUGGCAGUCUACGUAAGGGUGAACGAGGCCCAAUGUCAAAACGUGCAGCCUUCAGGUCAGAUACUACAGAUGGCGAGGAGUUACCAAUUUCGGCACCAAGCGUUCCACAGAACGAAGCUUUCGAGAAGCUUUCGAGGGCCCAAACAGAACCUACACCGCCUCCCGAGCGAGUUACGGAGAACUUCUCCCGACCUGGACGAAUGAAUAGGCGUGCAGGGAUUCCACCAGGAGUGUCACAAAGAACAUCGCUGUCCUCGUCAUUUGAUGAAGCGCCUACGGACCACAAGUCUUCAGAGUUACGGGACCAACCAGGUAUAGCCCCGCACACAAGGCAUUUUGUCUCGCAGAUUGCUUCGAACGGGAGAUUAGGUGUUACCCCAGAAGCGCUCGGAAAGGGGAUACCGCACAUUAUUGAAACACCUCCCGAAGAGGCAAGACCGGCUUCUAGAAAAGGCUUCGUUCCUGAACGAACAACAUCACAUGAGCCGCCGCCUAUCCACCAACCCUCAGCUUCUUCAUCCGCAGGUCCGUCCAGAGCUCAGAAAUGGACUCCGCAGUCAAGGCAAAAUCAAAGCAUAAAGAGCAAUCAGAGCUUGAGCGAUAUGACUUCCCAUCCUUCUCCUCUACCUGGAAACAACACGCGUACAGACAGCUUGUCUUUCAUCCCUACGUUGACCGAAGACAAAAAGUCUGCAGAGGCUAGAAAGGCUAAAGAAAAGGCCGAUCAAGAAAAGGCGGAUAGUGGCCGGAAAUCAAGUUGGAGUUGGGGCUCGCUCUUAGGGAAUGAAGAAAGGGAGAAAGAGAAGAGAAAAGCGGAGGAAGCCAAGCAAGAAAAGAAAGUAAGGGCGCGGCUCGGUAAACCAUUAGACAAGUCGCACGAAAAUACAAGACUCGACCUCUUGCAGACUACUAUGGAAGGCAGCCGAGGCCGAGAAAGCAUUGUACUUGACCGCGGAGACCUAAAGCUCGAAGAAGAACGAAAGAAAGAGAGCUCCCGGAAAUCUAGUGGAAAUGAAGGUAAGAAAGAGAAGGAAGGUGGGUUCAUCUCAUCAAUAUUCGGAGGUGGUAAGAAGAAGGGAGAGCAGGAGUCUAGGGGGAAGAAGCACUUCUCACGCAACCUCUCUCCCGAACCACCAAUGCGAAUAUUGAAACCAGACAUCGACUACAACUGGACACGAUUCUCCAUUCUAGAGGAGCGGGCGAUCUACCGCAUGGCGCAUAUCAAACUCGCGAAUCCCCGCCGCGCAUUGCAUUCCCAGGUCUUGCUUAGCAACUUCAUGUAUUCCUAUCUCGCAAAGGUGCAACAGAUGCAUCCCCAGGCACAACUUCCCCAAUCGGCAGCCCAGCGGCAACAGGCGGCUCAGCAGAAGAAGGAUCAGCCAGAGGAGUUCGCACAGUAUCAGAAGUACCAGCAGCAACAGCAAAGACAACAAGAAGAAGAAGAAGCGCAACAAGCCGCGUCGGUCCAAUCGCAAGUGAUUGCUCUGCAGUCCCAAGUACCGACGCUACCAGCAUUAGCCCCAGUACAACAACAUGAUAGCUUCAUGGAUGACUACGAACAUGAAAAUCUACCUCAUGAUAACAGACACCGCCCGCAGUCGCGAGCCAGUCAGCAUAGUCAGGACAGUGGCAAUGGGCAUCCAAAUCAAGCAAUUGGGAGUCAACAACGUCGCCAAGGAUAUAACAACCCGCAGCUCUCAAAUCCUUACCAAUACCAGCAGAGCCAAUUCGAUGAGCCGGGAAGGGCGGCCGAUGAUGACAUGUGGUGA